AUGCAGCAGAAGAAGUGCUACACAAGGGAGGAGCUACUAGCACUCCGGAGCACGCUCCGCCUAGAUACUUUUCCGAAUCCGAUAAAGGUUGACUGUCCAAUGCUCACAGACUGCGAGCUAGAGCUUCACGAAACCAGGGUGACAAAGCGGCAAAAGGUCGAUUGGUCGCCGCAGGUGCUUGGGACGAAGUUGGUUUCAGUUGUUAGUGGCUCCGAUAGCUGUCUAGGCACUGUGUGCGAGUCGGGUGCUCCUGUGGUACAAAGAGACGGUUUUGGGGAGUGUGUAGUCGUGGGGAGUGGUGUUAGUUCGUUUGAUGGAUGUGCCGAUGCCAGUAGCCAGUCAAGGAGAGCCGUAGUUCCACCGAGGCUGCACGUGCCUAUUGUCACCAUCGAUGGACCUGUGAGGGGGAAGCCGUCGAAUGUGGGCGGAUCUGAUUUGGAAUCACGGGCAAGUUUUGAUACCGAGAGGGGGAUGGUUGCUCGGUUGCGUGAGCUACAGGAGCGGCGGAAGCAGGGGCAACGGGAGCCACCAAACCGAAGUUGCUGGUCGCAGGCAUUGGGGUCCAAAAUAGGCACUGACAGCGUAAAAGUUAGGGUGUGUUCUAGCUUGCAACCGAAGUGUUCCUUUCGCAACCACGGCAGCAGUGCCACUCCCCCCGCUUCAGCAGACAAGAAAGACAGAUGUGGUGCUUCUCUACCAAUACCUGAAGCCGAAGCAGCCGUGCCCAUGGCUAACGUUUCUUUAUUUAAGUCUUCUGGCGGAAGUCGAUACUUCCAAUUCACACGCACGUUAGGGUUGUGGGAAUAUCUUACCACCCACAGCGGCCUCGGUUCGUUGUCUGGCACUCAGAUGGUUAGCAAAAAGGAGGCAAACACCGAUGCUAACAACAGUUCCAGUGGCGUGCAGAGCUCCGUAGGCCCCGACGAAUUUGCAACCCCAUCUGCUUCCAGACGAGAGGGGGAAAGUGCGUCGGAUAAAGCGGUUGUGCCGGCCACGAGGAAGCCGCACAGGCGGAGGACCAAUCGAACCUACGCGGAAAAGCGGGCCCACCGCGAUGCUCAGCAAUCUGUUUCAACGGCAACAUGA